AUGUCCUAUGACCGCUACAUUGCCAUCUGCAAACCCCUGCACUACGGGACCCUCCUGGGCAGCAGAGCUUGUGUCCACAUGGCAGCAGCUGCCUGGGCCGCUGGGUUUCUCAAUGCUCUGCUGCACACGGUCAAUAUAUUUUCCCUGCCCCUCUGCCAGGGCAAUGCUGUGGACCAGUUCUUCUGUGAAAUCCCUCAGAUCCUCAAGCUCUCCUGCUCACACUCCUACCUCAGGGAGGAUGGGCCUCUUGAUGUUAGCGCCUGUUUAUGUUUUGGCUGUUUUGUUUUCAUUGUGGUGUCCUAUGUACAGAUCUUCAGGGCGGUGAUGAGGAUCGCCUCGGAGCAGGGACGGCACAAAGCCUUUUCCACGUGCCUCCCUCACCUGGCCGUGGUCUCCCUCUUUGUCAGCACUGGAGCAUUUGCCUACCUGAAGCCCCCCUCCAUCUCCUCUCCAACCCUGGUCCUUGUGUUGUCAGUUCUGUACUCAGUGGUGCCUCCAAAGCUGAAUGCUUUUAUAUAUUGUUUCCGAAUGAUCCGACAAACAUCCCUGUCUGCCCCGUUAACAGCUACGUCAACAGCUACCCCAAUAAAAUUCCACUACUGGAGUUUCCAUAACUACUGCGAUAAAGAGCAUUGA